AUGCCUCACCUUCGGUUUUAUCCGGCCAACUCUCCAGAAAUACUCGCGACAAGUGCCCUACUGAAGAGCAUGAGCGACAAACUUCCGCAACAGUCUCAACAGUCUCAACAACAACAACCACAACAGCAACAAAUCACUCCAAACGCAUGGGGUUUUCAUCCCGGAUUCCGUGGAGCAGAGAAUGCACCACUUCCGUUUAAUUAUGAAGAGCAAAACCGAAGUGGGGAUGCUCUUCCGACCGAUUUCGACAGCGAUGCAUCUCGCGCGGCAGCACCGUUCAUGCCGCACUUGCUGCCGAGAUUCGGUACUGUCUCACAAAUAAAUGCUCCUCUUGAAGCGGUUUUUCACAGGUAUCCCAUUUCCCGACUUCACUGAUUACCAACGUUUCAAUGGAUUUCAACGGAACGCAUUCUUUGCUGCUCCUUUCGGAUCGCACCUUUCGAAUCCUCCGUUCCCGCCUGCAUUUCCACUGAACACGGCAGUUUCUAACCCCAUGACAGGCAUGGAAUCAUUCAAUCUUGCCCAAUGUCACCAUCCUCUCAUGCCAAACUCUCUUCCGCCCUUGGAAUGCGCUACUAAAGUGAAACCCAAUGAGACUCCUGAAGAUCUGUCUGAAAAACCACCUGUGCUGUCCGCGGAGUAUCCAGUCAAACAAGAAAAUGUGCUAAAGUUUUCGGAUCCGACUGUAACACCUAAUUAUUCAUCAAAGGAAGAGCCAAUGGAUGAAGCCACGGCUAGAGCGAUUUUGGACAAGAAAAAGGACGGUCAUGCAUUUCCAAUGCCUCCACAACUCUCGAUUAACAAAACAUUCGAUGCUUCUAGGUAAUCUAUUAAACUAGAAAGUUUUCUAACUGAAAUUAACGUUAUUCGUGCAGAAUCCGUGACGAACUUCUUCCGUUCAACCCGCCGUUUUACUCCCAGCCAAUGGAUAUGAGUUCGAAUGCCAUUUUCAAACAAGAGAUGACAACUGUACACGUUCAGUUCUAUUUUAGGGGCAGUUACAUGCAAACGCGCUCUGCUCUUAAUCAUUUUUUUACUAGGGAAAGACCGAACUUUUCAUUUUUCUUCAAACUCGAGUUGCUCAACAGAGCGCGUUUGCAGUGAAAUGCCUUUAUAACAAUCAUUUUUAUCUCAUUUCAUUUUCAGCCUCCUGUUCUGGAUGUUCAUGCCGAUUUCAAAACCUUCAACAAUCCAAUUAACGGCAAGCGCACUGACUUCCAGCCGCCGUCCACUUUGCACGAUUGUCAAGUGUGCCUUUCCACUCAUGCGAACGGUCUUCACUUUGGAGCUCGCACUUGCGCUGCUUGUGCAGCCUUCUUUCGGUGAUUCAUAGUACUUUAUUGGGAAAAUUUUUACAAAUUUCAUUUUCAGUCGAACCAUUAGCGAUGAUAAACGGUAUGUCUGCAAGCGUAACCAACGGUGCACAAAUGCAAGUCGCGACGGCACCGGAUACCGGAAGAUUUGCCGUAGCUGUCGGAUGAAGAGAUGUCUGGAAAUUGGAAUGUUGCCUGACAGUGAGCAUUCGAUCAUGUUUUUUUCUUGAAAAACUUACAUAUCAGAUGUUCAACAUAAGAGAAACCGGCGGGAAUCGGGUGGUUCUUCACCAAGGAAAACCACAUUCGACAACUUCUUCACUGGCUUUUAUCCAGGAUUUCCUUCCGCUGCUGCAGCUGCUGCUGCCGCAUCCACAAUUUCAGGUCUCCCGUUGCCGCCAACCGAUCCGCAUCAUCCGACCAACUGA